GACGACUCCCGGCUUUGAAGUCACUGUAGACCACAUUCACCCUCUACCCGCAUACUACGCUGCUCAAAUUGCAGAACCCCAAAUAUAAAUACGUAGCUACGAAAGAGAAGAGCACGCUGCCCAGCAUGGAUUCAGACUCCGAACACGACCACCGCGAUGAUGAGAGCGUGGCCUCCGAACCUGAAGAGGUGGAAGAAGUAAAGCCCAAGUCGGCUCUGAAGAAGACGAGGGAGAUUCUGCCGCCCGUGGAGCGGCCAGAGCUUCCUGAACAACCAGACCCAAAGACAGUAGACUUCUCGAAGUUGACGCCAUUGUCCCCCGAGAUCAUUAGCCGCCAAGCUACCAUCAACAUCGGAACAAUCGGCCACGUCGCUCAUGGAAAGAGUACGGUGGUGAAGGCAAUCUCUGGAGUGCAGACUGUCCGCUUUAAGAACGAGCUGGAGAGGAAUAUUACAAUCAAGCUCGGAUACGCCAACGCAAAGAUAUACAAAUGUGACAAUGAGGAGUGCCCGCGGCCGACGUGCUACAGGUCGUUUAAGAGCGAGAAGGAGGUUGAUCCUCCCUGCGAGCGGGACGGAUGUACGGGCAGAUAUCGUCUGCUACGGCAUGUUUCCUUCGUCGACUGCCCCGGCCACGACAUUCUUAUGAGCACUAUGUUGUCAGGCGCUGCCGUAAUGGACGCUGCAUUGCUUCUUAUCGCCGGGAACGAGACCUGUCCCCAGCCCCAGACUAGCGAACAUCUUGCUGCCAUCGAAAUCAUGAAGCUUAAUCACAUCAUCAUCUUGCAGAACAAGGUCGAUUUGAUGCGAGAAGACAACGCAGCAGCGCACUACGAGUCCAUUCUCAAGUUUAUCCGAGGUACAGUAGCAGAUGGCUCACCCAUCAUCCCCAUAUCUGCCCAGCUCAAGUUCAACAUCGAUGCCAUCAACGAGCACUUGGUUACUAAGAUCCCAGUACCAAUUCGAGACUUCUCCACGAAGCCGCAGAUGAUGGUGAUUCGAUCUUUUGACGUGAACAAGCCAGGUGCUGAAAUCGAAGAGCUGAAGGGUGGUGUUGCUGGUGGUAGUAUCCUGACGGGUGUGCUCAAGUUGGGUGAUGAGAUUGAGAUUAGACCCGGAAUCGUGUCCAAAGACAAUGCUGGAAAGAUCCAGUGCAAGCCAAUCUACUCAAGAGUCGUGUCGCUGUUUGCAGAGCACAAUGAUCUUAAGUUUGCCGUUCCUGGUGGUCUCAUUGGCGUCGGCACUCGCGUGGACCCUACUUUGUGUCGUGCGGAUCGUCUCGUUGGUUUCGUUCUCGGUCUUCGUGGUCAUCUGCCGAACAUCUACAGUGAAUUAGAAGUCAACUACUUCCUUCUACGUAGAUUGCUCGGUGUCAAGACUGCAGAUGGCAAGCAGGCGAAGGUUGCCAAGCUUACUAAGAACGAAGUUCUUAUGGUCAACAUUGGUUCGACAGCUACCGGUGCCAAGGUCAUCGCCGUUAAAGCCGAUGCUGCUCGUCUUUCCCUCACUUCGCCUGCAUGCACAGAGAUUGGCGAAAAGAUUGCGUUAUCUAGACGUAUCGAGAAACAUUGGAGACUUAUCGGUUGGGCGAACAUUGUUGCGGGUAACAUUCUACAGCCACAGGAGGACUGAGCGUUCUACUUGUAUGCAUAGGUGUACUGAUUUGGGCGUUGUGGUGGGUAGCCAGUGACGAUGCAAUGAAAAUGGCGAUGCUCGGGGGAAGCCCUGCAAGGGUCCUCGCAUUAGGGUCUUACGCUUAGACAUUUUCUGGGAUUGUGGGGCUCAGCAUCUUGAGGAUAGACGGGGAAAGGGUUUCCAGCGAGCUGUGUGCAUUGCAGCUUUUUGGAAAGCCGCAUGGUACGACGAUGGUAGGAACGGAGCCCUGCUGGGCACUGUUAAGCAACAUGAACCACAGGGUCGAAUCCAAAAAUGCAAUACUGAAUG